AAGGCCGCACACGAAACGCUCGCAAGUCGCGGCACACUUUUGUCCGGCCGCUCCAGUGCCGGUCGGCUGCGCGCUGCGUAUAUAUAACGCCGGACACUGCAUGAUCCACAACACUCGCACGCUUCCGACCGUUUAAGUGACAACCACCGUCCCCGUCGUCUUCGUCGUUCGCUCAAUCGCCUUCUAACGUACGAACACGUCCACGCCCCGGCCGGGCAUACGGUACGACGUUCCACGACAGCCGUCCAUCUCGUCCACGUGACGGCCGAACCGGACGUGUCCCGCCAAUCGCCGACAAGCGCACGCCGCGCCACCGCGUGUCCACCACGAUGAUGACCGCUGAGAAAUUAAUUAUUGUGGGAUGUCUAUUGAGAUUGUGUGUUUGCCAGCAAUAUGAACAGUCAGGAGGACAAGGAAGUUAUUCAUCUCAAAGUGGAAAAUAUGGUGCAUCUGCUUCUUCAGGAAGGUCAACCGCAUCCGGAAGACCAAAUGGUGGUUCUGGUGUAAAUGGUUAUAUUCCUGCAUCUGGCAGUCUUGGCCAAGGCCAAGGCGGAAAGGGUAGUUAUGGGAAUGGUUUCAAUGGAAACACAAGAAAUCCUGGAAGUCAAAAUGCAGGUGCCAUAAAUUGUGGCCCUAAUGAUAAUAACGGUGGCUAUGGUGGAUCCAACAAUGGUUUUGGAGGAUAUGGAAGUGGAUCCAGUGGCUUAAAUAGUGGUUCCAAUGGCGGUGGAAAUUAUGGGGGUGGAAGCAAUGGCUUUGGAAGCAGUGGUGGAUAUGGUAAUAAAGAUUUAGGAGGUAACGGAGAAUAUGGUAAUGGAGGUUCAGGAGGUGGUGGAGGAUAUGGAAGUGGGGGUUUUGGCGGUAGUGGUGUUUCGAGUGGAGCUGGAGGAUAUGGAAAUGGUGGUUUUGGUGGUAAUGGUGGUUCGAGUGGAGCUGGAGGAUAUGGAAAUGGAGGUUUUGGUGGUAGUAGUGGUUUGGGUGGAUCUGGAGGAUAUGGUAAUGGAGGUUUUGGUAGUAGUGGUGGUGGUGGUGGUAGUGGAGGAUAUGGAAAUGGAGGUAAUAAUGGCCGAGGAAAUGGAGGUAGUGGAGGUUAUGGGAAUGGUGGUUUAGGGGGCAGUGGAGGAUAUGGAAAUGGAGGUUCAGGAGGUAGUGGAGGAUAUGGAAAUGGAGGUUCAGGAGGUAGUGGAGGAUAUGGUAACGGAGGUUUAGGUGGUAAUGGUGGAUAUGGAGGUAGUGGUUUAGGAGGUAAUAAUGGACAUUUUGGAACGAAUGGUGGAAAUUUUAAUCCAAAUCAAAAUGCUCCUCCAGCCGCCAAAGUUAGUUUCAAUAGCUUUUUUGGAAAAUCCGGACGAAAUGGUCGAGGACAAUCCGGUGGGCCGAAUGAAGCUAGUUCUCGAGGAUCUAACAACUAUGGCAGUCAAAAUGGUGGAGGUUCUGGCUCCUACGGUGGUCAAAAUGGUGGAGGUUCUGGCUCCUACGGUGGUCAAAAUGGUGGAGGUUCUGGCUCCUACGGUGGCCAAAACAAUGGAGGUUUUGGCUCUUAUGGCAGUCAAAAUGUUGGUGGUUCUGGCACUCAAGGCGGUCAAAAUGGAGGUGGUUCUGGGUCCUACGGUGGUCAAACCAGUGGAGGUUCUGGUUCAUACAGUGGUCAAAAUAGUGGAGGAUUUGGCUCUCAUGGGGGAGGUUCUUCUCCGUAUGGUGCACAAAAUGGUAUUGGUUCCAGUUUACAUGGUAACGGUUUUGGAUCUGGGCAAUACGGGGAAUCGGAUUUUUCCGGAUCCGGACAGAAUAGUGGAUUUGGAAAAAGUUCUCCAGGAGGAUUUUCAUCAGAAUCUGCUGGCCAAGGAUCUAAUGGAUAUUGAUACCUUGAAAUUGUAAUUUUAAAUUAUAAUUUAUUUAUUAAAUUAUUAUUUUUGUAAACUAAUCUUAUGCGUUAAAAUUAAAUGUGUGUAUUAUUUAUAAA